UUGAACCUCAUUGUAUCCACGGAAUGAGGAGCCUCAGCGCGCUGGGGACGGUCUGCGGCGGUGCUCUGAAGAAUUUUCCGAGGUGUUUGUGUCCGUGUGCCUCGGAAGAGCUUACAUUCUGGACAACACGGGGAUGUUCCUUGUUGGCUUACUGCUACUCUAAUUCUGCCUGUUAGCCGUUAGCCAACCGCUCUGGCUAAGCUAAGCUAACGUUAGCUCUCCCAGUCAAUCGCGCUUAUUUGGAGCUAGCUGGCUAAGAUAACGUUAGCGCUCCCAGCCAAUAGCGCUUAUUCGGAGCUAGCUAAGCUAACGUUAGCUCUCCCAGUCAAUAGCGCUUAUUCGGAGCUAGCUAAGCUAACGUUAGCUCUCCCAGUCAAUAUCGCGUAUUCGGAGCUAGCUAAGCUAACGUUAGCUCUCCCAGUCAAUAUCGCUUAUUCGGAGCUAGCUAAGAUAACGUUAGCUCUCCCAGUCAAUAUCGCUUAUUCGGAGCUAGCUAAGCUAACGUUAGCUCUCCCAGUCAAUAUCGCUUAUUCGGAGCUAGCUAAGCUAACGUUAGCUCUCCCAGUCAAUAUCGCUUAUUCGGAGCUAGCUAAGCUAAGGUUAGCUCUCCCAGUCAAUAUCGCUUAUUCGGAGCUAUCUGGCGUGGUGGCGCUACGUGUCCCCGCUUUUCGCCGUCAAAACAUUUAUUUCGGGAUGUUUUGAGGAGACUAGGCUCGCUGGUUCUCGUCUGACAUUCAGGUUUUCGGCUCGUUAGGUAGGUAGUCGGCUAAUCUUGGCCACGGUUGUGGACAUUUCGGUCGCUUAAUGCCUUUUCUUUCGGAUCGUAAUGUGGAUUUGGCCGUAUGACCGUCGAGUGUGAGGAAUUCAUGUUUUGUGUUAACUGUUAGUGAUAUAUAGCUGUCUCUGAAGUAUUUUAAAUUACUGCUACCAAUGUGUAUUGACACAUGUAGACAAUAUCUGGGAUAGAUAUAUUAGAUAAAUGUAUAUAUUUUAGUUGUUAGCUGUCGUGGUUCCGACACUGAAACGUGAUAUAACUAGAACAUAUUUAUAAAGUUGUAAUUCAAGAACAGACAGUAACGUGGCAAGUGGGUUAACUUUAGUUUAUUGUAAAAUACUAAACACUCAGCGUAAAGGAUGAGCUAAGGAUGACUUAAGCAGGGCUAAUGGACCGCUUUGGUUUGGGUGGAAUGAUUUCGCUCCAUAGAAACAAUCUGACGUCGGGUGGUUUGCUCUAGCGGGCAGCCUCGUGCGCGGUUGUGGAAGGGGUUGUGAGCCCGUGAGUUAGGCAGGGACACUCGUCGUGUUGGCUUUCCUGGGUUUCAAGUCUUUUUCCCCCCCUUGUCCAGUGCGGUGUCGUUUUAGUGCGAACAUUUCGCCCAGCGUGGAGAAAUCCGAAACCCUGCACCGGAACGGCUCGUGGUACAGGCGCGCUGCGAUGUUUUUCCUUCGCUGCACGGACUGUAUCCUGCCCCGGAGAGGAUACCGCGUGCCAAAAAGCAUGCUCUCGUCGCUCCGUUGAAGGGUCUUGAUUGCAGCGAACUCACUGAGAUCCCAAGCAACAUUUUACCUGUGUAAAAACACCGAAACGGAGGAACGGCGGCCGUCGGAGCGCUAAGGAUUUACUGCAACGGAGGAAUCCACCUUCCGACUGAGUAUGGGGUCCGCGAGUAAGCUCGCAUUCGCCGUGUUCCUCAUCUCAUGCUCUUCAGGAGCGAUCCUGGGCCGUUCCGAAACCCGGGACUGUGUGUAUUACAACUCGAACUGGGAGAAGGACCGGUCGAAUCGGAGCGGGAUUGAGACGUGUUCCGGGGAGAAGGACAAGCGACGGCACUGCUUUUCCACCUGGAAGAACAACUCGGGAACCAUCGAGAUCGUCAAGCAGGGCUGCUGGCUUGACGACGUCAAUUGUUACGACAGCAGUGAGUGUAUGGAGAGGAAGGACAGUCCUGAUGUUUUCUUCUGCUGCUGUGAGGGGAACAUGUGUAAUGAGAAGAUUUACUAUAGCCCGGAUACCCACGCUGUUCAGACCACAUCGAACCCAUUCACACCAAAGUCGGAGCUGCUCAACACCCUGCUCUACUCUUUGGUGCCCAUCAUGGGCAUCGCUGUCAUCCUGCUCUUCUCCUUCUGGAUGUACCGCCACCACAAGCUGGCUUACCCGCCCGUGCUCGUGCCCACACAGGACCCUGGGCCGACUCCACCCUCUCCGCUGCUGGGUCAGAAGCCACUGCAGCUACUGGAGAUCAAAGCUAGGGGGCGCUUUGGCUGCGUGUGGAAGGCACAGCUACUCAAUGAAUAUGUAGCUGUGAAAAUCUUCCCCAUCCAGAAUAAGCUGUCUUGGCAGAAUGAAUAUGAGAUUUACAGUCUGAGUGGGAUGAAGCAUGAAAACAUCCUCAGCUUCAUUGGGGCAGAGAAGAGAGGAAACGGCAUGGACAUAGAGCUGUGGCUCAUCUCCACCUACCACGAGAAGGGCUCGUUGACGGAUUACCUGAAGGCUAAUGUGGUGUCGUGGAAUGAGCUGUGUCAUAUAGCGCAGACAUUUGCGCGUGGUUUGGCGUACCUUCACGAGGACAUCCCAGGCCUGAAGGACGGCCACAAACCGGCCAUCGCACACAGGGACAUUAAGAGUAAGAACAUACUACUGAAGAGCAAUCUCACUGCCUGCAUCGCCGAUUUUGGCCUCGCACUCAAAUUUGAGGCAGGAAAAUCCGCAGGUGACACACACGGACAGGUGGGCACGCGACGCUACAUGGCUCCUGAGGUGUUGGAAGGGGCCAUUAACUUCCAGCGGGACGCUUUCCUGAGGAUCGACAUGUAUGCUGUAGGACUUGUACUGUGGGAACUGGCAUCCCGCUGCACAGCUGCUGAUGGUCCAUUGGAUGAGUAUGCAUUGCCGUUUGAGGAGGAGGUGGGACAGCACCCCUCACUAGAGGAUAUGCAGGAAGUCGUCGUACACAAGAAACUCAGACCCACUCUGAGGGAGUACUGGCAGAAACACACGGGUCUGUCCAUGCUGUGUGAGACUAUAGAGGAGUGCUGGGACCAUGAGGCAGAAGCCCGUCUCUCCGCCGGCUGCGUAGAGGAGCGUGUCAUCACUAUGCAGCGACAGACCAACCUCAUCGCCCCCGACGACAUCCUCACCGUCGUCACCAUGGUGACCAACCUGGACUACCCUCCCAAGGAGUCCAGCCUAUGAUGUGGAGCCCUGUUGGCCAAUCAGACUGCCGGAGCAGGACGACUCUGUGUGUGAUGGCGGGGGGUGGGGGUGGGGGGUGUAUGUGUGUAGAAGAGACAGUUUACUCCUUGUGGACUCCUGGGUGCUUUUGGAGAUUAAAACAAAAAACGCGCGCGCACACACGGACCUUCGAGUGGAGGCGCAAGGAAGUCGCCAUUUGUACCUGAACUGUUCUUUUGUACAAGGAGGAGGCUCCCUGACCAUUUCUGUUCUGUUUUGUUGUUGGGUUUUUUUUGUUUUGUUUUUUUAAGAAGAGUGAAGACUUUUAUCACAAACAAGAAAAGGGAAAAAAAAACUAACAUUUUUAGCAUAAAAAGGGCAAAACUCUCUAAACUGCAUUUCAUUUCCUUUUUUUCUGGCGUGUUUCCGUUGAUUAUUGUAAUGCCAAUAAGGAACCGCUUCUGAACUACUGUUCAUCACAAAUCUCUCACACACCCACACACACAGGGGGGAAUAGUUUUCACCACGCGGCAUCAUACCAGGCUUACUGAAGCGGCCGCAUGUCACAUCCACCAGGUGCCACGUGUUAACUCCUGUGACACCCCACCCACCCCAGAGCGAGUGGCGGGCUGGUCAGGGCAGAGGGGGUGCAGAGUAGGCGCCCACCCACCGCCCACCCCCACAUCGGACAGGAACCAGCCAAACGCUGCCACAGCCGUACACACGACUCUUCGCCCGUAAACGCGUUCAGAUCAGAAUCAUUCCAACCAGACACGAGGCGGCAGCCUCCGCUAGAAGACUCAUGAGGAGUUUUGACUCCCCGCUCUUGUUGGUGAUGUCGUACAUUUGUCAGUAAAGCAUUGUGGUCCUGAACUGGUGCCUUUUGGGAAAUGCAUGUCACCUGACACAAAAUGCCAAGACAAGUUCCCAGAGUAGGACAAACAUGGCUUACAGUACACAAGGUGUUCUUGCUUCACUUGAUUGUUUGAAUUUUGUUUCCUCUCAUCGACUGCUGAUUUGACUUGUAGAUUGAGUUGGUUUCAUGGAAUUGGUUCGUUUCAGAAGAAAAUUGAGUCCACGUACACGUCAUUUUUCUGCUUUUCAAUGCCACUACACAAUACUUUUAUUUUCUCUUUGUCUGAUGUAUUUCAAGUGUUUUAAUUGUUAUAAUUAUGGAGAUGUCUUUUUGUUUGACUGUAUGAAGCGGUGCCCUGGUUGUGAAGGGGAAUUGUGGUUUUAUUCAUUUGAAGAGACAGUCACUUUGCGGUGGGACUGAUUUUAAGGUGUCCGGAGACCCUCUCGCUUGCUUCUUUUAGUUUGAUUGUAUCUCAUUCCUUUUUCAUACACUGAGACACACACACAAUCUCUCAGGCCACCUGUGUUGGGUUUCCUGAAACUUUACUUUUUAUUUGGUGACCAUUUACCUCAGGUAACGUCCUCCAUCCCUCUCUCCCAUUCAUCUUGGUGCCAUUGAGAGCUGCUUGUAGGCCUCAUACUCCUCUAUGUUCUGGGCGGGUGCACAAGCCCUCGUCUCCAUGCACUACAGUCAGUCAUUUGAUGAAACAACCCCCCCCCCCCCCCCUUUUUUUUUUUCUUUUUUUUUCCCUCUCCCCAUUUGGAAACACUAAGUCAGUAUUCAGGGAUUCAAUACUAUGCUUCUGCAAAGUAGUUAUGCAAUCAUAUUAGUUGAGUUUCUGGGACUAGCAUUUUAAACACUCAGUUGGGCAGCCUUCGGUUAGUAUUUACAGAUGUACGUGAAAAGGGGCACAGGUGCCAACUUUUCAAAACUUAUACACAGGUGUGCACACACACACACACACACACACACAUACACACACACACACACACACACACACACACAGACAACCACCCUUCAAUAGGUCAGUGGCUUUUUCUGAAAUAAACAGACAGAACCAGACUAUAACACACACCCAACUUGCUUUUCACACAAGGAGAAUGAAAAAGGUGCUUUAAUGCGAUCGCAGUAUGUGCACGUGUAUGGGUGUGUGAAGAGCACCAGGAGCGUUUAGGCGACAUGCUGUGAAAACGGAACGAACCCACACUUUAGCCAGGCAGGCUGGUAUCCUUGUGUUCAUGGGCAAACACACUUGGGGUAAAAAUAAGCUAUUAGUGUACAGUGGAAACAUACAUAUUACACAUGCAACCAAACCAAUAUUGGUUUCCUAAUGAAAGUCCCCUCCCUGGUCCAGCUGAAAGAGACUGUCACAGGCCUCCAGGAGCUGCACAGAACUGUAAAUAAAGUGAAUGUUGGAUGUAGAUCAUCAGCAUAGCAUGAGGUUGGUUGGUGGUUUUUUUGGGGUUUUUUUCGGUUUUGUUUUUUAAGAUAAUCAUGAAGCAAAAAAAAAUUUUAACUAUUCUAUUUUAAGAUGUUUCUGUUUAUUUUGGAUGUUAUAAGAUUCGGAUUGUCUUCAUUUAUGUCAAGCCCACAAAACAAAUCGUUUUUCCCUCGGUUCAUAUGAAAGUGCCCAGUCUUUCUUUUACUAGGUACAGAACACACGGACACCCCAGUUUGCCGCUGUGGUGAGAAAGUGUGAACUCUGGCUAAAUCCAAAAUGCCCCCACCACCCCUAGUGUAGUGGACCACUCUGCUAAAGGCUGAGAAACUGGUCAUGUAUUACACUAAAUGUCCACUAAGGGGGUGGAUUUGGCUGCUGUCUUGUGUUCUGUCCAUGUAACCCAAGCCAACGUGUGCAAGUUUUAUGUUAAACCCUCACUGGCACAGGAAAACCAAUUAUGAGGCAGUAUUCACUUUAUUCUCAGACCGUGGGUUCAGCCAGCAGUGUUUUUCCUUUUGUGUUUUUGGUUCUUUCUACCGAACGCGUUACCUCUGCGACAGACCUCUCGUUCUCGGACGUCAUGCGCCUCUACGUUACCUAGACUGCUGUUUCUCGCCAUCGUCUCUCUAUCGCAACCACAGAGUCUUGCCUGCUGAUCUAGGAUCAGGCCUAGAAGGAGCGCUUGUUAAAUACUGUACAGAUGAAACAUAUGCUCUUCCCUUCAAUAAAGUGAAUUCUGUCAGA